GUACCACCGACGUCCAGAUACUUUUUAACAAUGGCCGAAUCGUUGCGUUUCUUAGGUUCCUUACCCGGACACAAAGGAUGGGUCACUGCAAUUGCGACGUCGUCAGAGAACCCUGACAUGAUUUUGACGGCCUCUCGAGACAAAACUAUCAUUGUCUGGCAAUUGACCCGCGACGAGGAAACCUACGGAUAUCCAAAACGUAUAUUGCACGGACACAACCACUUUGUUUCCGAUAUUGUAAUCUCCUCUGACGGCCAGUUCGCACUCUCCUCGUCCUGGGAUCACACACUUCGUCUUUGGGACCUUAACACUGGACAGACCACUCGUCGUUUCGUCGGCCACACUUCCGAUGUCCUAUCUGUCAGCUUCAGCGCUGACAACAGACAGAUCGUGUCUGGAUCGCGCGACAGGACGAUCAAACUCUGGAACACUUUGGGUGAAUGUAAAUAUGACAUCAAAGAUGAUUGUCACUCUGAGUGGGUAUCAUGCGUACGAUUCAGCCCUAACGUCAUGAACCCCGUUAUUGUGUCUUGUGGAUGGGACAAGGUCGUGAAGGUCUGGGAACUUUCGAAGUUCAAAUUGAAGACUAACCACUACGGCCACACUGGUUACAUUAACACCAUAUCUGUCUCUCCUGAUGGUUCCCUAGCCGCAUCUGGUGGUAAGGACGGUAUCACCAUGCUUUGGGACCUCAACGAGGGCAAGCACCUGUACUCGCUUGAAGCUGGCGAUGUCGUCAACGCUCUCGUAUUCUCUCCCAACCGCUACUGGCUUUGCGCUGCUACCGCUAACUGCGUCAAGAUCUUCGACUUGGAGAGCAAGUCGAUUGUCGAUGAGCUCAAGCCCAGCUUCGUUGAUGUUGGCCCUAACUCGCGGGAGCCCGAGUGUGUGUCGAUCGCGUGGUCGGCUGAUGGUCAGACCCUGUUCGGUGGUUUCACUGACAACCUCGUUCGUGUCUGGACCGUUAGCUCGUAAAAAUCUCUGCAAGAGAAAUUGGUUGGGAGUUAUGUGGCUCAUCUUUAUCGUAGUAGUGAUCGUGCAUCAAAAACUUCUUACACUCCAAUCAUAUUGGACACGAUUGAGAUCAACACCUGUACAUUGGAAAAUCUUUGAGCACCGUGCUCAGGCUAUGUAGUGUUCGAACUGGCUUCCUCCAUAUUUCUACGUCGUUCACUCCAAUCCCAACGAUCAAGCCCUCCGAAGUCAAUUUCCAUAACGCCUGAAUAGAGGUUCACUUGGAGUUCACAUAUGUGUGUAACGCGGGCCCGCCAGCUAUCUCCUGUUGCUGUGCCAUAGAAAUGACCACUUUUGCUGACGAGUCGGACACACUGAUCAGUGUUCGACUUUGAAUCGUAAAUCCAGAUGGUUUUGCCAUGGUAGAUCUCUUGCCAUCUAUCGUGGUCUACGAGUCUGUUAGGAGGUUUGAUGCGUUUGUCACCAGCGGGGAGUGGUGGGGCUGCUCGAACAUCUACGUCGUUAAGAAGACGCAAGGCGCUCAAGUUCGAGAUGUUGGCGAAGAGAGCCUGUUCUUGAGGUAGUGACGGAUUGAUGACGUGAAAAAUCGGCGGAGAGUCUUCGCUAUCUUCGUCACUUUCAUCCAUGAGCUCAUCCUGCGCUUCAAGUGGCGAAGCUUGGUUAUCUCCAGUUGGCCCGCCUUCUUUCAUGUCUUCUUCGACGGCCGUUACUUCUGCG